CACAGACAAAAUGGGCAGACUGUUGAUCCUAGUGGGUAACCUGAAUGGCAUGCUAUGUACAAUUGUCUCACUAUACGCCCCAAACGAGGGUCAAACUGCAUUUAUCCGCAAAUCUAUUAAACUAAUAGACAAAAUCCGAACCGGCCACACAAUCAUAUGUGGGGACUUUAAUUGUACCCUGGACCCGACACUAGACUUAAAAAGGGAACAAAACAAACCCCCGACCUAAGCAAAAUACUCUCCACCAACAACCUCUAUGAUGCUUGGAGAUCUACAUACCCACAAGAGAAAGACUACACGUUUUUCUUGCAGGUACAUGGAACCUACUCCAGAAUUGACAUGUGCUUAGUAGACAAGGCCACAUUAGUAAACAUAGAUGAAGUACAAAUAGGCCAGAGGACCUGGUCAGACCACGGCCCAUUGACAAUCACACUCCGAUCCCUCCACCAAGAAAGGGGCAGAGGGAAGUGGAGGCUAAAUGAAGGCUUACUGGAUAACCCACAAGUGCUAGACAUAGUAACCAAGGAGGCAUCCGAAUACUUCACGCAUAACACAAUAGGGUCCACACCAAUCCCAACUGUCUGGGUCACACACAAAGCAGUCAUGAGAGGCAUAUUUAUCAGAGAAGGUUCAAAACUUAAAGAAGCACAACUAACACCUACAAAUCCCUACAACAAGAAUUAGAAAACUUAGAUACACAAAACGAAACCAACCCUUGCAAAAAACUAACCACACGUAUCAAGGAAGUGCAGAAAGAAUUACAUGCACAUUAUAACUACCGAAUGAUGGAUGAGAUCCCUCAAGCUCAAAUAUUACACACAGGGGAACAAAGCAGGAAAAUACUAGCUAACAGGUUAAAGAAGAAACAACUGCAAACCAAAAUUCCCUACAUUGUAUCCCCCACGAGAGGCAAACUAUAUAAUCCACUAGACUUUGCCAAUGAACUGGCACAAUACUAUGACCGGCUAUAUAAUCUUAAGAAUGACCCUACAUUACCACAGCCAACCGACAGAGAUAUAGAAGCCUUCCUAGAGGAUAUAUCGCUGCCGCGAUUAUCAACACAUGGAAGUACACAACUAGAUGCCCCAUUUACAGAUGACGAAAUUCGUAGGGCCAUUCUCUCCCUGCCCAAACACAAAGCUCCGGGUCCAGACAGAUUAUCCAAUUACUACUACCAUAAAUUAGAAACACUCCUAACACCACAUCUCACCAAAUUAUUUAACACCAUAAAAAUGUCAGGAACCCUUCCAACAGAAAUGCUGGAAGCACAUGUUGUCACACUGCCCAAACCAGGCAAGCCACCUACCCAAUGCGAAAACCUGCGCCCUAUAUCAUUGCUGAACGCAGACAUCAAGCUAUAUGCGAAACUAUGGGCACUACGACUGAAAACUCACCUUACAGAAUUAGUUUCCAUAAAACAAGCAGGAUAUGUCCCCGGGAGACAGGCAGGAGACAACACCAGACACUUUAUAAAUCUAAUCAACUGGGCAAACACUAGCCAACAAGUAGGAACAGUUCUGGCGCUCGAUGCCAAAAAAACAUUUGACCGCCUGAACUGGGAAUACAUGAAAGCUACACUACUUAAAAUGGGAUUCACAACACAAACCCUGAGGGGCAUUAUGGCCCUGUACCAUUCCCCCUCGGCAAGAAUAUUCAACUCGGGAUUUAUAUCAGACAAAUUUCACAUUAGCAACGGCACGCGCCAAGGAUGUCCACUGUCAUCACUUUUGUUCAUACUUUGUCUGGAACCCCUUAUACUCCACAUAAAACAACACCAGGGAAUAGAGGGAUUACUCACCCCAGCAGGGAUCAACAAAAUAGCCCUCUUCGCAAAUGACGUACUCCUCUUCCUCACAAACCCUACUCACUCCAUACCAAACCUGAUGGAGCUUCUACUACAAUAUGGACGCGUAUCAUACUACAAAAAUAACCUUAAAAAAACACAAGCUCUACCCAUAGGUAUCACCGCUAAUGUAAUCCAGACCCUCAAAACACAACACCCCUUCGACUGGAGGAAAACGUCCUUAAAAUACUUGGGAAUUAACUUAACCAAAUCACACAGUCUGUUGACCCGAGAAAACCACAUUCCCCUAACCCAUAAACUCCAGGCACAACUAGAAGAAUGGCAAAAUCUGGAAAUAUAAUGGCUAGGGAGAGUAAAC